AUGCCAUUAGCUAAGAAAUAUCAAUCAGCUAGAAACGAUUUCAGAAGUGAUACAUUCACAACACCAUCUCCACAAUUGUUAGAAAAAGCAUUAUCAGCUUCAAUAGGGGAUUCUGUUUUCGGUGAAGAUAGUGAUACGGUUGAUUUGGAAGAACGAAUUGCAUCUUUGACUGGUAAAGAAGCUGGUUUGUACUGUGUUAGUGGGACUUUGUCUAAUCAAAUUGCUGUUAGAACCCAUUUACAUCAACCUCCUUACUCGAUCUUAUGUGAUUAUAGAUCACAUAUCUAUGUUCAUGAAGCUGCUGGAUUAGCUACAUUAUCAAAUGCUAUGGUUACACCUGUUAGACCUUCAAAUGGUGAUUACAUGACUUUAGAAGAUAUUAAAAAACAUAUUAUCCCUGAAGAUGGUGAUAUUCAUGGUGCUCCGACUCAAUUGAUCUCUUUAGAAAAUACAUUACAUGGUAUUGUUUAUCCAAUUGAAGAAUUAAAAAGAAUUUCUAAAUUUUGCAAAGAAAAUGAUUAUCCUUUACAUUGUGAUGGUGCUAGAAUUUGGAAUGCAUCAGUUGCAAGUGGUGUUAGUCUAAAAGAAUAUGGUGAAAUCUUUGAUACUAUUAGUUUAUGCCUUUCAAAAUCACUUGGUGCACCAAUAGGAUCUGUACUUGUUGGGCCAAAGAAAUUCAUCAAAAAAGCUAACCACUUCAAGAAGCAAAAUGGAGGUGGUAUUAGACAAAGUGGGUUAUUAACAAGGAUUGCUAGUGCUGCUAUAGAUGAAAACUUACCAAAAUUACAAGAGUCACAUAAUAAAGCUAGAGAUUUAGCUGAUUUCUUGAUUGAAAAUGGUAUCGAAUUAGAAUCUCCGGUUGAUACAAACUUCGUUUUUAUUGAUUUGGAGACGUCACCAAUAGACGACGAAAUUCUUGAACAAAUGGCUGAAAAAUAUGGAUUGAAAUUAUGGAAUGGUAGAAUUACAUUCCAUUAUCAAAUUGAUGAUGAAAGUUUAAAAAAUGUCAAGAAGGCAAUUCUCGAAGCUUUUCAAUUGAGUAAAAAAGUUUCAUCAGGUGAAGCCAAUCACAAAUUUUAUAAAUACAAUCCUGAUGAUAACUAA